AUGAAGGAGUUGGCGGAGCUUAUAAGGCAAGCAACUGCAGGAGUUGACGAAACUUACCUCAACACAAUAACAGGGGAAGAAGGGGCUGGGGCUUUGUUUGAAGCGCAGAAUUGGUUGGCAGGGAGAAUUGCUGGUAGCCAUAAGCUUCUGCUAUGUUCGAGCUGGCUGCAGUUUGAUCUCCGUGGUGUUGAGUUGGCCGGUUUGGGGAAACCAGCUUGGGUGGGUGUGCUCGGAGGCGCCAGAGGGAAUCGACCAUGUCUGGAGAAUUUCAUGGUCUUGACGGAGUUGGCUGGCACAGUUGCUGCUGCUGGAAGCAGAUCUUCAAUGGUGGAGGCUUGGAUAAGGCUAGACGAGGAUGUCAUGGCUGGUCUUGAACGUGACCCUGAAUUCUUGGAAUUUGCUUCUCCGAAUCCUAAUGUCAUCGUUGCCUGA